AUGGUGUGCGCAGCCGUUGCCGCAGUACAAUACAUCAGCGCAUGCUGCAGUGUAUACACCCUAGUCGCUAUAGCAUUUGUCCGUUGGUACGUCAUCACCAGAUCUAUUCGUGGUCACCAAGGUCUUCAUACCCCGAAGAAAAUCGCCAUCAUGGUUGUGAUCAUCUGGAUAAUCUCAAUCUCAUUCAUGGUCAUACCUCCUGUUCUUGGCAUUGGAACACUCGGUUAUUCCGUAUAUUACAGCAUAUGUUCUGUGACAGAUACAAACGAACAAGGUGGCUAUUUUGUCUUUCUUCUAGGGACACUGAUCGCCAUUGCCCUUCUUCUCACCCUUUUAUUUUACAUUCGUAUCUUACGCCAUGUCUUGAGACAUAAUAAUCAGUUUCGAGACAAGUACGCGGUUGAUGAAGAUGCCGGUUCAAGCUCAACAGAGGCGCAUCAGAACAAGGCUUCUUCGUCCAUUUCUGCAGGUUCUUGUCCACCAAUGAUCAAGGCCAUCAACCGGAAAGAGAUUGAGAUCACUAAGAAUCUCUUCAUGGUCGUUUGUGUUUUCAUGCUCUGUUUCCUAGGCACCAUUGUGAAUUUCAUCAUCCCUGGUAGCAGCGUCUUAACUAUCUACAGUACCAUGAUAUUGUUAGUGAACAGCAUAGUCAAUCCGAUCAUCUAUGGGCUCAAGCACCCCAACUUUCAAGAGGUCUUCAACAAAAUUCUUUGCUGUCGUCCCGUAGAAUAG